AUGCGAGAGUGGUGGAUCCAGGUGGGCCUACUGACGGUGCCCCUUGUUGCCGUUUACCUGCACAUCCCGCCUCCCAAGUUGUCGCCGGCUCUCCACUCAUGGAGGUCAUCGGGAAGGUAUUUUACUUACAAAAAGCAGAACAUCUUUUACAGAGAUUCCUCGGGGGCCGUCGGCAGCUCAGAUGUUGUGGUUCUUCUGCACGGCUUUCCCACCUCCAGCUAUGACUGGUACAAGAUCUGGGAAGGGCUGACGGAGCGAUUUCACAGAGUGAUCGCGCUUGAUUUUGUCGGUUUUGGCUUCAGCGACAAACCU